UUUCAAGUGGGCGUGACGUCAUAGUUCCUCAUCGGCAUAGGGAUGAGGCAGCCUAGUAACUGGCAGUGAACAUUAGCAGGAUGUACAGCUUACGUGGAUGGUGCCUCGUCGCUGUGGUCUGUGCUGUUAGUGGCACAGAAGAUGUGAUGGUAUUUGUGACAGACAAGUCGAAUGAAGUAUCUGGUCAAAUACACCGUGUCAAUGUGACGUCACGAGUCGUCUCUACACUUCCAUUAUUCAAAGUUAUAAGGCCCGUCGCUAUUGGAUAUGACAGCUUGACGGAAAAUAUCUACUGGAGUGAUGUCAUGUCCAAAGAAAUUCGGUCAGCCAAGUUUGAUGGCACCAAAGAAUCAACACUGUUGGAUCUCGAUACACAUGCUGUCCCCGAUGGUUUAACCAUUGACAUGAACCAUCGGAAACUGUUCUACACGGAUGCUGGAAACCACAUCAUCUGGGGUGUGGACUUGGACGGGCGCCAGGCGAAUGAGGAGAUAAUUAACGAGAAUCUUGAAAAUCCCAGAGCUAUAAUUACAUACUCAUCAAAGAAACUCCUAAUAUGGACAGACUGGGCGGUUUUCGCUAAGAUAGAGCGAUGCAAUUUUGACGGCACAGAUCGCAAGAUUCUGGUCAACACGGACAUCCAAUGGCCAAAUGGGAUUACUCUUGAUGACCAAAGCGAGACACUGUACUGGUGCGAUGCUGGGGAACACCGGAUCGACUCAGUCAAGCUCGACGGUACAGGCCGGCGGCAGAUCCUCAAUGAACCGGGCACUCAUUACUUCGGUAUAUUCUUCUUUGAGGACGCCCUGUACUUCACGGACUGGAAGACUAAUGCUGUACGAGCUAUACAUCUCAAUGGAACGGAGAAGCUGAGGAUCUCAUCAGGGGGGUUCAAGAGCCUCACUGGCAUUUAUGUCACCAAACUGUCCCGUUGUUCCUCACACACAUAUGGCGAAAGCUGUGAGGAACAGUGUGGUCAUUGCAAAGAUGGAGUUGCGUGCAACAGGACAACAGGACUGUGUACAGAAGGAUGCCAAGCAAAUUAUUACGGGAUAACAGGGAGUCGGGGCUACAACUUUUCGAUGUGUAACCGGUCAUGUGGUCACUGCAAGGCCGAUUCCUGUCAUUACCUGUCUGGGGAGUGUCCUUACGGCUGCAAGACAGGAUGGAGUGGUCCAAAGUGUGAUACAGAAAUUAUCGUAACAACGGAAACCAGUUCCUUGUCGACGGAUACGUCAACGGAUCCAUUAACGGAUACUACGCGCGGUCCAGCUCAAAUCGGCAAUGGCAGCACUACUUGUGGUAAGAUGGGUAACUAUGGCGACGGAUGCAAGUACAAGUGCGGUGCUUGUGCUAACCAUGCUCACUGCAACAGCCAGACUGGGGAGUGCCCACAACACUGUGCCUGCGGAUGGGAAGGGAGCCAAUGUAACCAUAGGCUGGUGGACAACCGGGAUUGUACUCAAGUGUUACCCGAGACUAGAAACCUUAGUGCAGAGGCCUCACACAGCAUAGACUAUGCAGUGCCGGUGAUGAUUGCUGUAAUAGUGGCCUUGGUGAUUGUUAUUGCCGUACUGGUGGUAUUGAUCUUUAGGUCACGCCGAGCUAAAGAAAGCCAGUACAACAAUCUACAGUUCAACAGUGACACUGGUGCCUCAAGCAUCAAUGAUGAAAACGUUGAAUACAAUGUUGUCAGUGAGGUACAAUGUCAACAACAAACGGAGGCAAACGCCAGUUCGCAGCUUCAUCCCCAGCCAGAUGUUCUUCCCGCAAGUGACAAAUGUUGCGACGCAAUCAGCGAUGACGUGGUGGAGGAUGCUGAAACAGACAUGAACAACGAUUCUGGAUAUGCAGCAUUGGACUUCGUGAACAGGAAGGAGUGAAGUGAAGUUUAAAGGAAAACCAAGUUCUAUGGAUAGUCAGUUUCUUUAUUGCAAUGAAUGCGACAUUUCGGUGUAGAUACUAACACCAUCAAGCAUGAAUGCGACGUUUCGGUGUAGAUACGAACACCGUUUUCAAGCAAGUACUAUACACCGAAACAUCAUUGCAAUAAAGAAGUUGACUAUCUAUAGAACUUGGUUUUCCUUCGUCUUUACAACUUCUAAAAUGCCUCUCAAAGGAGUGAGGUAUAUACCAAAAUUACUUAAUCGGAGUUUACCGAAUUGUGAUCUUCUUCGUCGGACUGUAGUAAGCAAGUGUGUGGUUUUUGGUUUAACGCUGAUUUGAACAUAUCACUGUUCAGUCAAGGUGCGAGCGAUAAUGUAAUAUCGGCGUGUAGACGUUUACGUUGUUAAACCCGCCAUCAUGGGAAAA